UGUUCUGCACACAACCCGUCCCUCACUUCAGUCUGCACACUUGUAGUGAUUUUCUUCCACAAGUUUCUGGUGUCGAGGUUUUUCAUCCACGCUGCAGCUGAAGAAGCUGAGGUUUGUGUCAACAUGAGAAGCAGCUUGUCUCUGGUGUUCUGCGUGGCCGCUCUGACUGCAUGGCUCGCUGCAGAUGCCAAGGAGUUAUCCAUCACCACCAUAAAGGAGGAUCCAUACGCGAUGAGUAAAGGCUCCGGGCUGGAGGGUUACUGUAUCGACCUGAUCUCUGAGCUCUCCAAGAAACUGGGCUUCAGGUACAAAACCCAUCUGGUGAAGGACAACCGCUACGGAGCCAUAGACCCCAGCGGGAACUGGAACGGCAUGAUCGGAGAGGUCAUCAGGGGGGACGCGGACCUGGCCGUGGCCCCGCUGACCCUCACAGCGACCAGAGAGCAGUUUGUGGACAUGACCACGCCCUUCAUGCAGACGGGGAUCGGCUUCAUCCUGCGCAGCGACGCGGCCUCUGAGGAGAGCAGCUUCAGUCUGCUGUCUCCUUUCUCCACUGACAUGUGGUUCGGUGUGCUCAUCGCCUUUCUGCUCACGGGGGUCUGCAUUUUCCUGGUUGGCAGGAUCAGUCCCUGUGAAUGGUCAGAGACGGACUCAGAGCAGCACAGCUUCACUCUGCUGCACAGCUUCUGGUACAUCACAGGAGCUCUGACUCUGCAAGGUGCCGGUCCUCACCCCAAAGCUCUGUCAGGACGACUCGUCAGCGCCAUCUGGUGGCUGUUUGCUGUACUGCUGCUGGCCUGCUACUUCGGCAACCUGAACUCCAUGCUGCACUCAAAGCAGAAGCAUGUCUCCAUCAAGAGCUUUGAGGACCUGGCCAACCAGGAUGUGAUCGAAUACGGCACAGUGGAGGGGGGGUCCACCAUGGGCUUCUUUAAGUCUUCCAACAACCCGGUGCACCGGCGGAUCUACCAGAACAUGGAACGUAAGAAGAGCUUCGCGGCCAGCAUGGAGGAGGGGGUCCGCCGGACUCAGGAGGGGAACUUUGCCUUCAUCGGGGAGGCGGUGUCUCUGGACCUGGCUGUGGCUCGUUACUGCACACUGACCCGCUCACAGGAAGUCAUCGCCAUGAGGGCGUACUCCAUCGCUGCACCUCUGGGUUCCCCUCUGGUUAAAAACUUGACCUUGGCCAUCCUGAAGCUCAGCGAGUCCGGAGAGCUGACGUACCUGAGGGACAAGUGGUGGGCCAGCAGCUGUGUAGGCGCAGUCAGGACCCCCGCCUCAGAGGCCCUGCACUCCAACAACCUGCAGGGCCUCUUCCUCCUGCUGGGCCUGGGACUGGGAGUGGGACUCCUUCUGGCUCUGCUGGAGCUCCUGUCGAAAGCCCGAAACCAGGCCAAGGAUGGCAAAAAAUCCUGCUGCUCCGUGGUGACAUCAGAGCUGAGCCGGCGCUUUGGCGGCAGAGGAGGAGAGAGCACAGAAGGGGAGAGCUCGGACAAAAUGAAAGCCUGAAGUGAAAGUUUACAUGUUAGCUGUCGAUAAAAAAAAAAUUAAAAAAAGCUUAGACUGUCUGUCCUGCUAUGUAAACACACUAUAGCUCUGGUGUUUAAUUCAUGUGUGUAGGUGUCUUUUAGGGUGUUCUGUACUCGCUUAGUGAUGAUACAAAAACAUGAAGCAGAUUUAGCUCCUCUCAAAGGGAAAUAAACCUCAGUGCAGAUUCUGAUCAGGCACAGUAGUGGACUAGUGUAGCUGCUUGUUAUCAGACAUCAACAGUCACAUGAUCCCUCCUACUAACUUGUGUUCUGUCGACUUUUUCUUGAACUAUAACUGUUUUCUACUUGAUAAUAUAUUAUCAAUAAAUCCCCCAAAUUCCCAAAACA